CCAGUCGUCACUGACCUGCCACAUUCGUUUUGUUACGCCUCCUUGUGCUUCUACGCCACUCGUUUUCCCCCAACCCAUCCCCUUUUUGAGCACAGGAGCCUUUAAGUUCAGUCGCUUAUUCCCAGCCAAGAUGGUCGCCCUACAUCUCAUCGUCGUUCUUUUCCCCGUUGGCCUCCUGGCUGGCCUAAUCCCCGUCGCUCCCCGGCAAGAGGAGGCGCCAGGCCUAGCAGAUAAUUGUACAAUCACGACAACGUUGCCUCCUGUCACCCUCACCAGCUAUGCCCCUACCUCUACCGCUGGCGAAGACCAGGGCGGUUCGGGUGGCGGUACUUUGGUUUACACCACUUGUCUGCCGACUCUCGGCCCAGAUGGCCCUGGUCUGCAUACCUACACCAUCACUUAUCCUUGCCCAUCUGGUCCCGAAAACCCUUGCCACACGCCCGCCCCGACCGACUGCCCUCCCGGAUUCACGACUACCGUCAAGGUAUGCGAGGUCUGUGGGCCCAAGCCGCACACGCUUACCCUCACUGUACCCGUUAUCACCGCCUCGGUUCCCCACAACGCCCCCGUUGUCACCAAAACGUCGACAUCCGAGGUCUACGGUCAUGAUGGUCAUGGUGAGCACGGCGGUGGUUCUCACACGGUCUCUGUCAAGCCCGUGUCCAGCACGCAUCCCGGGGAACAUGAAGGGUUGGAAGAGGGUCAUCACCACCACCAAGAUGAAUGUGAACACCACGAUGGCUCAGAGGCCUGCCAUAGUCCGGAUGAGACAGGGCAUGUCGCACCGGAACCCUCCAGCGACGUCGUCGAGGCUUCAGCUGUCAUGUUCAAGGUCGCUGACGUCGGAGCACUCCUCUCCAUGGUGUUGAUGGUUUUGCUUGUUUGA